CCUCGUCUUGCACUCUUUGCGCUCCUUCUUCCUCGAUGCUCUCCGGCGGCGGCGGCUCCUGCACACCCUCCCCUGCCCCUCGCCAUCUUGUCGCCCGCCUCCCACUCCGUCGCUGCCCAGACCCGGUGAUGCAUCGCCUUCAUAUGAUCACAUACGGUGGCGGAUAGCUUCCGAUCUUGAGAGCUCCCCGCGGUCUUGCGACCCCGCCAGCCACCUCCAUCCUCGCACCCCCUCUCUCAGUGACAGUGUGACUGGAAAAGGAAGCCGCACGUUCCUGUGAUUGAGCUCGUCGGCGUGGCGAUCGAUUCGGUGGCGCUACGAUCGAUUCCAGAGGACCUGAGCUCGAGGCCGUUAAUGAGGUGGUCAAUCCAGAACUGAACUCCGCCGCGCCCUCCCCUCCCUACCUCCAGGCUCCUCCCGAAGGUGAUGUAAUCAGGAAGUAAUGACCUGACAAGCAUGUCUAGUUGGACUGCGACAUCACGGGGAUAAAAGUUCAAGGGUCCAAGUGCAAAACUUCGGGGCGUUGAACUUAACCGCUCAAUAAUCUGCCAAGCUGCAAAAGUGACGCGGCGGGCUGGCUGGCGGCGAUGGACAGCAGAAGGGUGGAGGCAGGCAUGACGGCGGCGUUGAUGGCACGGCACCAGAGGAUGUAUGAGCGGGCUACGCGGCACCCGUUCACCGUCUCCAUCCGCGACGGCACAGUCGACCUGGCCGCCUUCAGACGCUGGCUAGGCCAGGACUACAUGUUUGUGAAGGAAUUUGUUGCUUUUCUAGCUAGUGUACUGCUCAAGUGUUGCAGACAGUCAGAUGGUUCAGACAUGGAAAUAAUACUUGGUGGCUUGGCUUCCCUUAGUGAUGAGCUCUCUUGGUUCAAGAAGGAAGCUGAAAAAUGGAGUGUUAAUCUAGCUGAAGUUUCUCCCUUGAAAUCCAAUACAGAGUACUGCAGGUUUCUCCAAAGCUUCAGCGAGCCAGAGAUUAGCUACACCACUGCCAUAACUACCUUUUGGAUAAUUGAAACCGUGUACCAGGAUAGUUUUGCUUUCUGUAUAGAAGAAGGUAACAAGACACCUCCUGAACUCUUGGGGACCUGCCAGAGAUGGGGAAGCCCCCAGUUCAAGCAGUACUGCCAGUCUCUGCAGAGAAUUGCUGAUCACUGCCUCGCAAACGCCCCAGCUGAUGCUUUGAAGAGUGCUGAAGAGGCUUUCCUCCAGGUACUUGAGCUGGAGAUUGGUUUCUGGGACAUGAGCUCUUCUAAAUCAUGAACGGCAGCAGCAUCUCCUUCAAAGUCCAAACACGGUUCGAUGUACUUGGGUGAAAUGAAUGGUGCCGUGCGUACCGAACUGCAGUGUAUUUUGUUUUCCCGUUCUAUCCUGAUUUCUCUCCUUGCUCCCCAGAACAUUGAUGUAUCAUAGUAGCAAUGAAAUAAUGUUGUUUCCUCAUAAUCGAAUUCCUUAUCAAAUCUCAAGUACCUGGAAAGAACUCAUGACUCUGCAGUAUCAAUGAGAGCAUACUGAGAAUUCUCCAUGUAAGGAGCUACCGAUUGAACUGCUUGAGAUAGUGACACUGCUGAUCAGCGAUCAUCAAUUG